GUGUAAGCAGCCGGCCCGGAAGCGGUAGAGGCGGCUGUGGCUGCACUGGAAUCGCGGAGCCAUGGCUGUGAACCUGAGCCGGAACGGGAGGGCUCUGCAGGAGGCCUACGUGCGGGUGGUCACCGAGAAGUCCCCGACUGACUGGGCUCUUUUUACCUAUGAAGGCAACAGCAAUGAUAUCCGUGUGGCUGGCACUGGGGAGGGGGGCCUGGAGGAGAUGGUGGAGGAGCUCAACAGCGGGAAGGUGAUGUACGCUUUCUGCAGGGUGAAGGACCCCAACUCUGGCCUGCCCAAGUUCGUCCUCAUCAACUGGACUGGCGAGGGCGUGAAUGACAUGCGGAAGGGAGCAUGCGCCAACCAUGUCAGCACCAUAGCCAACUUCCUGAAGGGGGCCCAUGUGACCAUCAACGCAAGGGCUGAGGAGGAUGUGGAGCCCGAGUGCAUCAUGCAGAAGGUGGCCAGAGCCUCAGGUGCCAACUACACUUUCCACAGGGAAAGUAGCUGCUUCCAGGACACAGGCCCUCAGGCCCCUGUGGGCUCUGUGUACCAGAAGACCAAUGCUGUAUCUGAGAUCAAAAGGGUGGGCAAAGACAGCUUCUGGGCCAAAGCUGAGAAAGAAGAGGAGAACCGCAGACUGGAGGAGAAGCGGAGGGCGGAGGAGGAGCGGCAGCGGCUGGAGGAGGAACGGAGGGAGCGUGAGCUGCGUGAGGCCACCCUCCGGGAACAGCGCUAUUUGGAGCAAGGCAGGGAAGCUGACCCCCAGAGCAGGAAGUAUGAACAGCAGGAAAUGGUCUCAAGGAACAGAGAGGAUCAGGAGCCUGUCUGUCAGCAGCCAGCACACCCUCGGGAUAUUUUCAAGCAGAAGGAGAGGGCCAUGUCUACCACAUCUGUCUCCAACCCCCAGCCAGGCAAACUAAGAAGCCCCUUCUUGCAGAAGCAGCUUACCCAACCAGAGACCCCCCUUGGCAGAGACCCAACUCAUACCAUCUCAAGGCCCAGAACAGAUCUCCAUGAAGAGGCAGUAUGCAGAGCCUCUCCAUGUCCAGUGCAGGCAGGAGAAGAGGCUGUGUAUGAGGAGCCCCUGGAGCAGGAGACUUUCUACGAGGAGCCCCCAAUGGUUCAGCAGGAUGCUGGCUCUGAACACACCGACCAUUACCCAGGGCUGAGUGGGAAAGGGCUCUGUGCCCGUGCCCUGUAUGACUACCAGGCAGCUGAUGAGACAGAGAUCUCCUUCGACCCUGAGAACCUCAUCACAGGCAUCGAGGUGAUUGAUGAAGGCUGGUGGCGUGGCUAUGGGCCAGAUGGCCACUUUGGCAUGUUUCCUGCCAACUAUGUGGAGCUCAUUGAGUGAGGAUCACUGCUGCUGAAGGCUGAGGGCCAUCCUUCCCUUCCCCACCCGUACAUGAUUUCCUUAUUGCUGAAAAGGUGAUGGAAAAGUUACAGACGUGUAUGGCAGUCUUCCAGGAAAUGGAUCCCCUGAUGAUGAAGACACAGGCUCCCUCUGGCUUAGGUGGCUCAACCUCUGUCAUCCUGAAUGCAGCUAUAACCUUGUGAUUCCCAAACAUGCUUCUAACAGCUUCUCAGACCCUCUCAACCAACCUGGCCUUUGACCCCAACAGAGGACACUGAACCAAGCCCCACCAUGGCCAGUCCAUUGGUGACCUCUGUCCUACACAAAGAGGACAGCACUGCCCAUCUGGGAGUACUAAGAGGGUCAUCUACAAACUUCCUGUCCACAGUGCAGGAGCCUUUCUGCUUUUGCCUUUUUCCCCCUUUUCCUCUUAACUUCCAAUGGAUAGGGGCUACAGCUAUUUAGUGACCCUUGGGAACAGUGAAUUUAGUGUUUAUGACCAAAGGUGGUUCUUUCUGGUUCUGUGCUCUCCAUUUCUCUGACUGAGCACUGGAGAUAGGGACUACCAAGCCCCCAUCGAAAUGUAUGAAGGAAAAUGAAAACAUCAACAGACACCAAGUGUCCUUCCAUGUGGUUCACUUUUGUCUGCUGGCCCCAGCAUGUGUCUCAGCUGAUUCUAGUUCAGGAAAAGUAACUGGAGUAGCUCACACCUGCUCUCAUAUCCUGUUUCUGUCCUGGUCUAUCUGGGUCUGUGUUUGAAGCAAGAAUUACCUCACACAAGCCCCAACUCUGCUUUGUCCUCUGCUCUGUCUUUCCACUCUCAUGUGGAAAGAAAUCUCUUCCUGGAUGUCUGUGGUGUAUAAGUGUGUGCGUGUUUGCGUGUGUGCAUGCACACACCCCAAACCUCUGCUGACUGUCAGAUACCUAUAAUAAGCAUAAAUGUUAAAAUGUGACUGAAGUCAGCCUCCUGCAUUUCAGUUCUCUUGUGGAGUUUGAGGGUUGCCCUGUUCCCUGCCUUGGGGAGCCUAUACCUAUGUGGGAUAUAUCAUGUAUGCACAUGUACAUGUGAGUGGAGUGAGGCACCUUCCUCACCUAACAUUUGUUGUACCCUGGGAGUUGCUAGAGGACACAACUUAGGAUGAAGUCUGUGCCAAGGAGAUUGCCGGUCCCAAGUAGUAUCUAAGUCUAGUAUGCCUCCCUGCUUUGUGGUAAGAAGCCCAUCCAGUCUGCCCCUUUAACAGGUAGGCCUUAACAAAUCUUUUUUUCUCUCCCAUGAAGAUAGCAGCACCCAACCCAACUAUGUAGAGACCCUAUGAGUUCAUGUUGCCAGCUUUGAGGCCAGUUGUGGGCUUGUCUGCCUCCAGGGUCUGUAGGGAAAGCAUAGGACAAGCCGUCUGAAGGAAUGCCAUGAAAUAGUGUCCUGAUCACAGUCCUUGCUCACUGCAUGGUUAGGUUCAAGUGACCCAGUAACCCUGAUUCUAGAACAAGGUUACCAAGUGGCUCUUAAGCUCAUAAAGGCUUGUUAGGAGCGUCCUUAUGACCAGCGAUGGGUGUCAGGCUGCUGCCCCCGCUCUGUUAACCUAAUGGAGGUGGGAUGGGCCAGUCCUCCUAAGGCAGUGUUUGUAGGAUCACGGGAGCUAGGCCUGUGAAGCCAGCCCUGAGUGAGUGCUGGGGAAUGGGUAUCUUUCAGUCCUGGGUGCUGGAGUGUGGAGGGUAGGCAUCUUUUAGCUCACGUGCCAGUUAUGCCUUUAUUCAUCAAAGACCACCCUUCACUUGGCCUUGCCCUGUGCAGCCACUGCCUCCAUGGCCUUUCGCACUGUCUCCUCAUCACCCAGGAACCGCAUUGGCUUGGUAGGCUUCAGCUCUUUGUCCAGUUCAUACACGAUGGGAAUCCCCGUGGGUAGGUUCAGUUCCAUGAUGGCUUGGUCUGACAUCCCUGGACCAGAUGAAUAGUAUCCUUAAUCCCUGUAGCCUGUCUACCCGGCAUCUGUCUGCUCUUGCAUUCAGCAGGCUCUGUGACCUUAAUGGGUCACAGAAUUGGUUGACCAUGCAAGCCUCCCACCCCACAUGGCAAGGAUACAGACUAAAGCAAGGCUGGAGAAGGUCAGGGCAGAACUGAGUCAGAUGGAAUGGCCUACAGAAAUAGCUGGUAGUAAACCAAGGACCUUGCCCCUGCCCUGAGUGGCUGGGGCUUGGGGCAGUAUCAUCUGCUGUUUUUUCAGCCUAGCAAGAAUUCUGACUGAUUCUAAAGUUCUAAAUUUUAGGCAUCCUGAACAGUGUGGGGGUUGCUCCUAAGAAACUGGAGAAGGGACAGUGACAGGACAGUCUGCUGAUCCAGCAGAGAUGGACUGACACUCUGCCAGGUAGAAAGGGUGUUUCCCCAUGGAAACCAGACCCUGCUGGCCUCUGUAGUCCCAGGCCCAGAAUAGUAACUUGACCUUUGGUGUUCACAUCACCCCCACUCCCUAUAUGCAAUGUGAGCUUAAGAAAGCAUUUUCUGGGCUGUCAGAGACCCAAAUGACUUUCACCUGGGUGCAUCCCUUUCAUAAUGGACUGAAAGGUGUAGGCUGCAGGAAGCCCCCAGAAGGGAAGAGCAGAAGAUAGUCUUAUCUGUUGGGCUCAGUGCCAGCCAGUGUAAGAUACCUGCCAGUGGACCUGGCAACCUGAGGAGGGCAGAGCCUCUACUCUGACCAGCUGCCAGCUGACACCCAGGAACAAGUUUGGGCCUACCACACUACCUAACUUCUGUGAUCCCAAUGAGCUUAAUGGCUAAUAAGAUGCUAUUUUAGACUAUCCUGAUCUCUGGAAAUCUUCACAGCCUGUGGAGCUGUCUUAAGUGGUAUUCAAACGAAGUGAAGGACUGCAGUCAGCCAUUCCUGAGGGGCCUCCUUCUGGUUUUUUACUGGGAACACAGCUACAAAUCUGGGGUCUCUACAGUACCAUAUACUGCAUCCUUUUGGCUGGUCUUAAUUUGCCCGGAGUGGGUGUAAGGUGGGGUCAUGGAGCCCCAGGGCCCUAGAGAAGGUAGGUGAGACUUAGUGAAUGAAGUGACCUUACGUUGGUCAGACAGUCCACCUUUUUCAGAUUGGGUGUUGUGGGCAAGGUGUCACCCACCUUCUGAGCCUUCCCCACCUCUGGAUGGGGCCAGCAGCCCUAGGACCUGCAUUAGUGGUGGCAGAUUUCACCCACGGCCUUCAGAAAGACUCAUUUUCAGUGUCCCAGUACAAACACAGGUACAAAACAUUUUCCUAAGCUGUUUUUUAAGCACGGGGCAGGGG